AUGCUUACAUCCGCUUGUAGCAAACGCAAAGGACUGGACAAAGCGUUACACCAAAUAGAGGAGGCGAUUCAGCGCCCCAAGACUGAUGCAGCAGGAUCUGAUGCUGCUCGGAAACUUAUCUCAGACCUGCAAGAUCUCCUUAGCAGGACACAAGGGCAUUCUGCGCGGAGUGAGGUCGAGGAGACAUCAGAUGACCCUGACCGGUCACGGACGAGCUCUCCGCAAGGAGCCACUGCUGAGGACAAUCUAGCCUUGGAUGACGCGGAGAAUCCAUUGCAACUUCUCGCCAGAGCCUCUGACCUCCAGUUUUCGCCAGUUGAAUGCCGUGACGCACCCAUAUUGUCCACUUCGUCUGUAUCACAAUCGUCUCUCAGACCGCAUAGUACCCCCAACGAGGACUUGCCAAUUGCCAGACAUUUUUUCGUCCCAGUCAAGGCGAAGCUAGACCUCGGCCCGGACAUGGACCCUAUAGAACUGGGCCUGACUACUUUGCAUGAGGCGGAAUUACUUUUCUCUUUCUUCUACGAGAAUUUGGCCCACACGAGGUGGGGUCUGGAUCCGACUGUGCAUACUGUGUCAUUCGUGCGUUCGCAGUCUGCCUUUCUUUUCACUUCAAUGCUGGCUGCAGCUGCUCGGUUUGACCCUUCUACAGCCGCCUUAUCCAAAAGACUAACGAGGCACUGUACAUCACUGGCUUAUAAGGUCAUUGCUCAGCGUUAUCGAUCAGUGGAAAUUGUUUUGGCCUUCAUGGUAAAUGUUCCAUGGAUGGCCCCAGGGAGCAGUUCUGGCGAUGAUGACACAUGCUCCUAUAUUGCAAUGGCUUUGACUGUUGCGUUGGACCUUUCUCUCAACAAGAUAGUGACGCCCUCAACUGGUUUUGAUAGUACUCUCCAGAACAGGCUUGCGAAGGCUGACUGCAUUGAUGCAAAGAGAGCCUUACACAUGGAUGGAUUCGAAGCUGUUGAUCCGGCUUCGGAAUGGGGCCGAAGAUUGUUACGUAGACGCGAGAGGACUUGGAUCGCGUUAUUUGUCCUCGAGCGUGGAUGGCAUAUCUCUGAUAUUGCCGAUUCUCGGGAUGGGCCGAUGAACUCCAUGGCUGUUCUCCGGAGGAAUCUAGAUGAACUCUUGAGAAAAGUAAAGUCGCGUUGCGACAGUUGCCGACUUGGGGACAUCGGAUCAGAAGCUGCUCAGUCGAUCAAGAAACUUAUUGAAGACUUCUAUGAUCAAUGGUAUGCGGCUUGGGCUCUUGAGAUUGGUGGACCCUCCCGCUGCCUUCCACCGUAUGUUGAGAUACUGGUAACACACACGCAACUGUCUACAUAUGGUGGCGUGAUCAAUCAUCCCACAGCACCACUCGAAGUCAAGCGGUUUUUCCGCGCUGCUGGCCUCUCUUCUGCAUUGAAUGUCAUGCGGGCAGCCAUUCAAGGAGAAUCGCGGCUAAAGACCAUGCCCAACAAUACAGUGAUCAUGAUCGCCUUCGCCGCAUGUUCUGCCCUUAGCCUCAGUGUGACGCCAGCGGACAGCAGGUCCAUCUUGGCACCGAGUGUGCGACAUCUGAUUGAGGAAACGGCUGAUGUCCUCGAACGGAUUGGCGCCAUCCCAGCUCACAGAGAAGGUGCAUCUGUCUUGUAUGGACGACUGCUACGAGAGCUUGUUAGACGUGCUCAUGUGGGUUUUGUUUCCCAGAAACAUAUCGAAUCAGCCCCGGUAGAGUCCUUACAGCCCUCCUCUACAUUGAGCGAUUACUGCCCCAUACCUUCACUGACACAACCACCAAUGAAUCCCUCUACGCUAUGGCCAGAGACGCUACAAUUCUCCGCGAUGUCUGACCACCAAAUCAUCGAUGCAGUAAACAGGGCUGACUCGGCAUUCGGCAUGAAUAUUCCUGACGUCCCACUGGAUGAUCUGAUGAAUUGGGAUUGCAAUACCUUAGGUACCGAUUAUCCUUUGCGCUGCAAAAUAUGA